CAUUGAAGCCAAAAUCUUCCAGCGACGAAGCCGAGCUCAGCUCAUGAGGUGGGCAGCAAAAAAAUGAUGCUAAUCCUUGCGGGAAUUCAACCCUGUAAGUGUCUUUGCGCUCUCAAUUCGUCAUCUGAGCCUCAAGAUUUCUUAGUUUCAUCUAAUUCCCUUAGGAAUUCAUCAUUUCUCACUCCACGAAUCUCAAAUUUCAAAUUGUAUUCCACUUCUAAUUGGUCUAAUAACUGUAAUAAAUCCAAGAAAUUGCCAUUGCGAAGAAGGAGUAGCGUUGUAUUUUGCUCUAGGAAUGAAAUUUUUGAUAAUUUCUCGAGCACUCAGUUGCCGAAUAAGCCUAGCGAGGAUGAAAUUCAAGGCAUCGAUGAGAUUGGUCUGCUAAAUAAACCCUCUCCUGCUCCUAUAAACAACGGAGUUUCAUCAGAAUUUGACGAAGAAGUUGAAAAUCCCGACGAGAAUGAAGCCCUAGCGCCAUUUAUGAAGUUCUUUAAGAAUACAGAUGCCGUAGAAGAAGAGGAAGAAGAGGAAAAGGCGGUUAGAGCUUUUGAAGAGAAAAUUGAUGGAGACGAGGAGAUUGUGAAAGCCACUAAGUUAAAUGUUGAGUACUAUGAGCCCAAACCUGGAGAUGUUGUGGUCGGUGUGGUUGUCUCCGGUAAUGAAAACAAGCUCGAUAUCAAUGUCGGAGCGGAUCUAUUAGGAACAAUGUUGACAAAAGAGGUGCUUCCAUUGUAUGACAAAGAGGUGGAAUUCUUGAUGUGUGAUCUCGACAAGGAUGCCGAGUCUUUUAUGAUGAAUGGGAAGAUGGGGCUGGUGAAAUACGACGAUGCUGUUAGCCGUGGACCGGGGCCGGGGCGCCCUGUCGUGGAGACUGGCACAGUUUUGUUUGCUGAGGUUUUGGGAAGGACACUAAGUGGUCGGCCAUUGCUCUCGACUAGAAGGUUGUUUCGACGGUUAGCUUGGCAUCGAGUGAGGCAGAUUAAACGACUCGAUGAGCCGAUUGAAGUUAAAAUAUCAGAGUGGAAUACUGGAGGCCUUCUUACAAGAAUUGAGGGUUUGCGAGCGUUUCUUCCGAAGGCUGAGUUAUUGAAUCGAGUAAAUAACUUCACAGAAUUGAAAGAAAAUGUGGGACGUCGGAUCUUUGUGCAGAUCAUGCGAAUAGAUGAAGCUAAAAAUGAUUUGAUACUAAGUGAGAGACAAGCUUGGGAAACGCUGUAUCUCCGUGAGGGAACUCUUCUAGAAGGGACCGUGAAGAAAAUAUUUCCUUAUGGAGCUCAAAUAAGAAUUGGUGAUACAAACAGAAGCGGAUUACUCCAUGUUUCGAACAUAACCCGUGCCCGAGUUACCUCGGUGAGCGACUUACUCGCAGUGGGCGAAAAGGUCAAAGUUCUUGUUGUGAAGUCGAUGUUUCCCGACAAGAUAUCCCUAAGCAUUGCAGACCUCGAAAGUGAGCCCGGCCUCUUUAUAUCGAACAAGGAGAAAGUAUUUUCAGAGGCCAAGAUCAUGGCAAAGAAGUAUAGGCAAAGGCUACCUGCGGUCGAAGGCUUUACGAGGCCCGAACCUGCUCCAACUACAGAUCUUCCGUUUGAAAACGAAUCAAGCAUGUAUGCAAAUUGGAAGUGGUUCAAAUUCGAAAGGUAGUUGUCGAGUUGAACGAUCUCUCUUUCAUGCUUCCCAACCACGUCUUACUCCAGGCAAGCAUUCUUAUCGUUAUCGUUAUCAUUAUCGUUAUCGAAUUUUAGGAACGAUAAAAAUCGAGGGAAUGGGAAGUGUAAAAGAUCAAAUUUUGAACACCAUUCUGUCUUAGUUCAGCUGUUUCAUUGAAGUUUUUCCAUGCAUAAAUUUUGUCAUAUUAGCACUUAA